AUGGCUAUUACAUUUGUUGAUCUUCCAGAUCAUAUUAUCCAAAGAGUGAUCUACUUUCGCUAUGUUCAAGAUGAGUCCUUCAUUCAUCUCUUCCCAUUGUUCCUCACCUGUCAAGCCCUUUACGCAUAUUAUCACAUGUUGUACACACUAAAACCAAUCAUAGCCACUGACACAAAGCAUCCCCACGCCGUUCCCAAACGUGUUCUACAAGGUAUGAGUAAUGAUUUAAGGAUGAGUAUUCGGAAAAUGAUUUUGUUUCUUCCUGCCACUAUUGAUUUACAUCGAUUCAAUUUAACUAGUCUCACCCUAGAUGGAGGAUUUGCAUGUUUCUAUAAAUUAUAUGAAUUGCCAAAUACAAUCACUAGUUUGAAGUUUGUGGUUAGCAGUUCCAAGGGCUAUCACAGGUGGAAACUCGAUUUUAGAGAAGUGCCAUUCAAGUUGGUAGUGUUUAAGUUUAAAUAUUUAUUAUGGGGACUGAAACUGUCUUUCCUCAAUCCAAUGGCCAUAUUUACAAGUCAAUUUUCUGCACCACCAUUGCAAUUAUCACUUUUUCUUUUGCAUUUUAUCACUUCUCAAAAGGACACCCUCAAGUAUCUUGAUAUUGAAAUGUUCUCGAUUGGAUUAAUAUUUGGAACACGUACCUUUCCUAUUUUUCCAACGUUGAAGUUGGUUAAAGUGGAUCAAAUGAGUGAAAUGAAUAAGCCGUUUAUUUCUCAAGUGUUAAAUAACGGUCAAACGGUUUUACUAAUUAUCAAUACACUCAAGUCAGAAAUUAUUAAAUUAGAAAUAAGUGCCAAAGAUUCACUGGUAUCUCGUGAAAAGUUUCACAUUGAGGAUAGAAUUCUCUCUAGGCUUAAAUCUCAAUUGGCUAUUCCGUGA